GUCUGUGGCUCCAAUCGCCUUUAUACUGGGGUCUGUGGGAGGAGCCACAGGAGCAGACAGCCAGGGGGGUGGGGGUGUCCAGACAGGUAUAUGUAGUUCACCACAGCUUUGGGUACCCCUAGGUAAUUUCUAAGGAAAGGACAUAUUCGGCACAGCUUUGUGGGCCGAGGGGCCUGUAUUGUGCUUUAGGGUUUCUAUGUUUGCUCUGGAAACUUCACCACACUUGCGGGCAGCUCACCCGCUCAUCCUCGGACUGUGCUUCGCUGAUAUAAACGACACAUCUCAUUGCAUUUUUCGAUGUUUCAAUGAAUAUGUGAGAAAUAAAACUAAAUAAAACUCUCUUUAUCUCAGUAAGUAAGUAACUUUGAAGUGGGGGGGGGGGUGGUCCCCUGCAAUUUCAGGAACAGAUUUGCAGCUAAUAAAGUAUCUUAAUGAGCGUUGCAAUGUGGGACGUGCAGCAGCCCAUUUAUCGACAGGAAGCUUCCACAAACAUUGAGCUGUUAUAAAAAUUAGAAUUAUACAGACGCCGAGGGAAAGCCCAGAAUUAUUAAAAUAUUGUUUAGUGAAGUCAUUGUUUUUCUAUUGGUCAAAAUGGUUGAAAAAUCACUUCCAUCGCAGAAGACUGUAGGCCUGAAUGAAGGGUUUGCUUGCGAUUUUGAAGUGCAGUGAAGUUGCUGAUACUCCGUAGUGCGGAGCGGGGCGCCGCUUGAUUGACAGCUGGUCCCGGGUUCAAUGGGUUGGUGGUUCGGAGCGGGCGUUGCGCUGUUGGCGCUAGUCUGCAUAUUCCUUGCGCGAUUUUUCCUAAUACUUGGGCGAAAUGAGACGCCAGAGCCCCGCAAGCGGAGCCCCGCCAACAUUCUGGUGGUUAUCGGCUCUGGGGGACAUACCACAGAGAUUCUCAGGCUUGUGGGCAGCCUCUCCGCCUCAUACAGCCCCAGGCAUUACGUCAUUGCUGAAACAGACAGGAUGAGUGAAGACAAGGUCCGCAGACUUGAGGCUGCCAGAGUUGAAGAAGGUCCUCAACCUCGGGUUCUGUGUAACGGACCAGGGACAUGUGUACCUCCCUGCAUAUCUGCCCUGUUGCUUGGAAUAUUUGGAAUGAAGAAGGUGCUGAUCAUCUACGUCGAGAGCAUCUGCCGUGUGGAAACUUUGUCCCUUUCUGGGAAGAUAUUGUACUGGCUGUCAGAUUACUUUUUCGUCCAGUGGCCCACACUGCAGAAGAAGUACCCCAAGGCAGUGUUCCUUGGUCGACUGGUUUGAACAUACUGUAGCUUUGGAGUCUGGGACACUGAUUGUACAGAUAAUGUUUGCUUGCAGAUGCUAGGAAGCAGCUGCAGUCCAGAAUAAAUCACGCUCCAUACUCCGUAAGGAGGAGAACUUGCACUGAAAAGUUUGGUGUGAAUUUAUAAUUUUGUGGAUUUAUUCACUGGAUUGACGUAUACAGUCUCAAGAUUGUACCAGGCCGGAGAACAAAGUGUUAGCCAUGAACAGUGUGAGGGAGUCAGUGUCCAAAUAAAUGAACUUACAACAUUCUAAACACUAAUAGAUUCCUUUGUUACUCCCACUAUUGGGGAUUACUAAAUAAACAGUAUGAUUGUCAUUGCACCCUUUCAUUAUGAAAGUUUAUCUAUGCAUGAAUCGCUAAUUCUCUUACCCCUAUGAAUUUUGAUGGGUUAUGUCAUGUAUUUAGUGAUAGUUAAAGCCUUUUUCCCCUCACAAGACCAACAAUUUUAAUGGAUCUACACCAACUAAUCUUCUAACAGUUCACUGCAGUCCAUGACUACAAAUCAACAUAAAGAAAAAUGCAGAGUAUGUUACAUAAUUGCUCGCCCCACUCCACUUGCCCAUCACCCUGGCACUCCUCCGCUCCUCCCAGCCCCUUUCCAUCUGUCCUCCCUACCUCUCUUAUUUAGUUCCAUGUACCACCUUCCUUUCCUGUCAGAUUCCAUCGUUUGCAGCCCUUUCUUGCCUCCAUCUGCCAUCUCUCAGCCUCCAUCGUUCCCUCCUCCAUCUGCCAAUCACUCCUUCUCACCUGUGUCCACCUCUCACUCACCAGGUCAUGCUCUACUUUUCUCCUUUCCCUCUUUAUACUACCUACUUCCCCUCUAUCUGUUUAGCUGAAGUCUCAAGACUCUCAAUCCAAAAUGUUAACUGUCCAUUUCCCUCCGCAUAUAUUUCCUCACCCACUGUUCAUCGCAUUUUUCUCAGAUUUAAUAUUGUACUUUUCUUGAUUCAUACUAGCCCUUUGCAAGAAUGAGUGUUGAAACUAUAUUCAUUGCAUCUUGAAAGUAGCAGGUAAGCAUUCAAGGAAGAUGCAGACUCCAUUAGCCACCCCAAACAUUCAUUCCCUCCACCACUGACAAACAGCGGCUACAGUGUGUGCCAUCUUCAAAAUGUGUCACAGUUACUUGAUCAACAGCAUCUCUCAGAUCCUUUUACCAUCAAGAAGGACAAAACCACCAGGUGCAGUGAAGUUAGACCAUCUGCAGACUCCCUUGAGGUUGUGCAGUGUCCUUACUUGGAAAUGUAUUGCUGUUCUUCCAUAAUUGCCAGAUCUAAACCCUGGAUCCCCCUUCUCAAUGGCACUGUGGAAAUACCUUCACCAGAAGGACUGCAGCAGUUUGAAACAUCUCCUUCCCAGGGCACUUAGAGAUGAGCAAUAAAUACUGCCCUUGAGUGCAAUGCCUAUAUUACCUAAAAAUGAAUUUAAAAAUUUUUUAAAAAGAAAAAUCAGAACUAAAAUCUGAAUUUGCUCCCGAUGUCCUGCAAUAGGAGUCAGUUAGAAAAUCUGCCUUAAACUUGGCAGGGGUUCAAUGUGUACAGAAUGCAAUAAUAACUCAUGGGCAUCAGCCAGCUUCUUCCCUUUCAGUAUUGCUGAGUUAUGGUAAUUAUAUUGAAAAUGAAUUAAUGUGCAGAUUCCUAUCCUGACCUCAAUGUGUCAUGUUUAUUCUAUGUGAAAUAUAAAUGCUGUUUAUCUGCAUUAUGAACAGACACCAACUCAGACUGGAGUUUAAAGAGUCUUCUGAGGAAACUUCACAAAAAUAGAUUUGUCCUGCAGACCUCAAUUCAUGCAGGCUGCAGCUGGGAGCUACAAAUCACUUCCGGGAUUAAAAGAGGAAUCUAUUUGUAUUUAUGCUACUGUACUCAUUAUAGAUGGACUCGCUUCAAUUCCAUUAAGCUCCUUAAACGUCCACUUCACUAACAAGGGCCAAGAGGGAAAAAAACUGCAAUUUGAGGUGGUGAAUCAAAAUCAACAGUUGAAGAAUAACAAGAAGCUUUGCUAAAGCAUUGAACAUUCAUUAUAAUGUGCUAAACAGAAAGUUAAGAUGAAAAACUGUUAUCAUUCGAUAUUGCAGGGAUGUGUAAAGGGUCUGCAAAAGGAAUUGGGGCGGCAUGGCAGUGUUGCUCCUCUUCUUACCCCUUUCCUUCUCUUCCCCUUCUUACCCUUUCUUUCCUUUUACCCCUCUUAUCUCUUCUCCUAACCUACCCAUCACCUCCCACUGGUGCCUCUCUUCCUUCCCUUUAUCCCAUGGUCCACUCUCCUCUCCUAUCAGAUUAUUAUCUCUCUACAGCCCUUUACCUCUUCCAACUAUCACCUCCCAGCUUCUCACUUCAUCCCUCCUCUACCACCGUUACCUAACACCUACCAGCUUGUACUCCUUCCCCCACCCCCCACCUUAUUCUGGCUUCAUCCCUUUUCCUUUCCAGUCCUAAUGAAAAGUCUCAGCCUGAAAUGUCAACUGCUUAUUCCACUCCACAGAUGCUGCUUGACCUGCUGAAUUCCUCCAGCAUUUAUGUGUGUUGCUUUACAUAUUUGAACUUUAAAUGUUUUUAAACUUGUCUGCCCCUUUACCACAUUGCAUUUUGCACUCGGUUAAAAAUAACUCUGUGUCAAGCUUUUGGUUACUUGCCUUAAUAUCUGUGUAUACAGUACCUAAAAAAUGUUCUC